AUGGUGGGCUCAGAAGGGGUUCCUUUUUUAGUUUAUGUCCCUUUCUCUACAAAUGACAUUUAUAACUGGAAAGCUCAAAAUCCCCCUUUUUCUGAGAAACCACAAGCCUUGAUUAACCUUCUUGAAUCUGUUUUCCAUACCCACCAGCCCACGUGGGAUGAUAGUCAGCAGCUCCUUACUACUCUCUUUACUACCGAGGAAAGAGAUAAGAUUAAAAGGGAAGCAAGGAAAGCUGUCCUGGGACCUGGUGGAGGGUCUGUAGAGGAGCAUCGCGCUCAGGUGGAAGCUGGCUUUCCCUCAGAACGGCCCUCCUGGGACCUUAACUCCCAGCAAGGUCGUACUUCGCUUUCUGCUUAUCAUAGAUAUCUCCUCCAAGGCCUUAAAUCGGCAGCGAGGAAACCUAUUAAUAUGACUAAGAUUUCUGAGAUGGUUCAGGGUGCAGAGGAAUCCCCUGGGGCAUUUCUAGAACGUUUGUAUGAGGCUUACCGUACCUAUAGCACUAUUGACCCAGAAGCCCCUGAGAACUAUAGAUCUGUGAAUAUUGCAUUUGUUAGUCAGUCUGCCCCAGAUAUACGUAGAAAAUUACAGAAGCAAGAAGGGUUCGAGGGUAUGAAUAUAUCUCAACUAGUCGAGAUAGCUCUGAAAGUCUUUAAUACCCGAGACACACCAGUUAAGGCAGCAGGUAAAGAAUGUGCCAAGACAGUAGUAGCAGCCAUGAGAAAAGCAAACAAUUUCCCCAGGAGUACUUCCCAGCGCCCCUGUGGGCGGCGGCCGUUAGGCUCAGACCAGUGUGCCUACUGUAAGAACACAGGUAAAAAGCAGGUUUGGAAAUUCCUGGGAACAGCUGGAUACUGUAGAUUAUGGAUUCCCUCUUUUGCUGAGAUAGCUGAGAAAGCUGAGAUUCUUUAUUCUGCUACAACCAGUCAGGGUCCCCUUGUGUGGGGCUUGGCUGAACAAUCUGCCUUUGAUCAUCUCAGGAACGCCCUUGCCAAGGCCCCCACCCUGAUCACAAAGCCCUUUCACCUUUUUGUGGCGGAAGCUAGAGGUAUUGCGAAAGGCGUCCUGACCCAAACGCUUGACCCCUGGAGUUGGCCUGUUGUGUAUCUCUCCAAGCGCUUAGAUUCCGUAGCAGCUGGAUGGCCCCCCUGUCUUAGGGCCAAAGCCGCAACUGCUCUCCUGGUAAAGGAAGCUGACAAACUUUCCUUGGGCCAGCCUCUCUCCAUCUCUGCCCCUCACUCUGUUGAGGCACUGCUCAGGUCUGCCCCUGAUAGGUGACUCUCUAAUGCUCGCAUUACCCACUAUCAGGCCCUGCUUCUAGAUCAUCCUCGCCUCACUUUCUCCAAAUCGUCCGCCCUGAACCCUGCCACCUUGCUCCCAGAUCCUGGUUCUGACCCGGCUCCUCUGCAUGACUGCUUCCAGCUCCUUGAGGAGUCUCAGUCAGCAAGGCCUGACCUUUCUGACAUUCCGCUGAAAAACCCUGACCUGAUUCUUUUUACAGACGGGAGCAGUUUUGUUGUGGGGGACACCAGUGUUUCUGGGGCAGUAGUGGUAGACUAUCCCUAUCUCUGCCCUAUGGUCUUGUUCCCUCCCCCUGGAUCUUCUGCCCAGAAAGCGGAGAUUGUAGCAUUGACUCAGGCACUGCGCAUUGCAAAGGGCAAAUCAGCUAAUAUUUACACUGACAGUCGUUAUGCCUUUGCAACAGCUCAUGUCCAUGCCUCUCUCUACAAAGAAAGGGGCCUGCUGACAUCCGCUGGGAGGGAAAUUAGGAAUAAGGCAGAGAUACUUUCCUUACUAAAUUCUAUCUGUUUGCCCCGCUCUGUUGCUAUUAUCCGCUGUUCAGCUCACCAAUCUGGUGAAACAAUGGAAGGAGUGGGAAAUCGGGCUGCAGCGGCUAGGAAAGCUACCACCUCCUCCCGCACUUCUUCCCUUCCUCUGGCAAUCUCUCCCCUCCCCCCUGUUCCUGUCUAG